UGAGGGAGUGUUAAUUUUAACUCCAAGGUAGUUAAAUCUACUAUCUAAAAUUUGCAGUGCAUUUUCCAUUAGGGCUUUGGUUAUAAAAAGGCAUCCUCAAAACCAACAGUUUCAACAAAAUGGAGAAUGUGUUCAUAACACUGACUGAUCGCCAAGGAACAUUAUCAUUAACUGUCUCCAAAGAAAUUGCAGAAAAAAUAAAGCAAGAUCACAAAUAUGCAGCAUGUCUAAUGCAGCAAGUGAGAUCUGCAACACUGAAAGAAGAUAGUAGUCAUCAUCCAGCCUCUUUGGCACCAUGUCCCCCUUUAGCUACAAGUCAUUGUACAGUGUCUUUGACCAAAUGCCCUCCGCCUCCAGUCAUUACUCCUUCAGUCACGAUCCACAAUCCUACACCUUUGUCCCAGUGCCCCCCUCCAAAGAUCACUCCUGGUCCAGCAUUUGUUAAAUGUUCUGGUAAAACAAAAACCAUAGAUCUCACUAAAGCCCCACAAGGACCCAAUCUUCAGAUACAUUUAAAACAGACAGAUUGCGACAAAAUCCAAGAAUUCACACACAGGACCACACUGCUGCUGCUUGACCUCACACAAGCAAACAUGCAGUUAUAUUAUAAAAACAAAAUUGCUUUUUAUAAAAAGAUUGAGCAAGACUUUAAAGUAAAUGGUUACAAUAUGACUAAUGAGAAACUUAGAAAAAAACUUGGUAACAUGAUUACCACGUAUAAAAGAGCUAAGGACCGGUGCCGAGCAACAGGGGAGGAAAAAAUAACUUGGGAGUACUACAAGCAAAUGGAGGAGUUAUUUGGUAAAUGUGGUGUUGGGAGUGCACCACCUGGCACAAUCUGCUCAAUUACUCUGUUCAAAACAUCCGUGACAACAGCUCCACAGUCUCUGAUACCAGCAUCAAGCUCAGAAGAACAUCUUCCUCCAAAUCAGCCUGGUCCCUCCACUGCUUUCCCCUUUAAAGAGAGACCCCAGAAGAGAGUUGGAAGCUUUUAUAUGAUGUUUAUGAGGCACAUGCAGAGAGAAGAACCGCUGCAUUAGAAGCAGCAGUGCAGCCUCACUUGGACUGUUGAAGAAGGCUCAAAGAAAAAAGAUGAAGGGUGUUUGAAAAGAAAACUCUAACCUGCCUUUCAGAAAUAGUUCAACAGCUAAAACAAAUCAACAAGUCGCAAGAAAUGAUAAUUGAGUUGUUAAAAAAAUAAAGCAUAAAUAUAAACCCA